GCGCUCGGAGGCGGGGCGGGGGAGUCUCGCCCGCAAAGGGACAGAGAGCGCGGGUUGCCACAGGCUGUUGUGGGCGAAGUGGUUCGCGUGGCCAGCGCGGAGCCGGGAAUCCUUGGCCAGGCGCACCGGGGUUGCGUCCGAGGCUUGGAUUAACUGCGGGGUUGAGAUUCGCCCAGACCUCCUCGGCGAGGAACUGUCAGACCAGCAUGCCACACCGUAAUGCACCGAGUGAUCCUUGCAGCAUCCUCACAGUCAAAAAAUCAACAUUCGAACCUUCUGCAACUGACUCAUAUUUAUGAUGGUUGCAGUGUCCUGGGAUCAGACAUGUGGCUCCUCCUUCCUCUUUGUGGGAUCUUCAUUGCAAACUCAGCGGCAGAGUCCCCCAAAGAUCAGCCUCAUGACCCCUUCAAGUAUGAUUACUAUUCGCUGAGAGUUGGAGGCUUGGUGUUUGCAGUUGUCCUGUUUCUGAUGGGCAUCCUCAUCAUCCUUAGCCGGCGCUGUCGUUGCAAGUUUAACCAGCAGCAAAGGACCGGAGAACCGGAUGAAGAGGAAGGAACUCUGCGCAGCUCAAUCCGACGUUUAUCCACAAGGAUGAGAUAGAAAACGUCCGGAGCUGGUCGCUGUAUGUCAUUCUCCUGGAUCUGGAGUGCUUCCUUCCUUUGUUCUGCCUGGCCUUAGUUCUCCCAGCAAGGCCCCAUUGCUUGCUACAAGUCCAGUGAAUUCCAGAACUGGUUACCUCUGGGGUCAUGCCAAACCCAACUGAGCCCCCUUCCCAAGACCUUCCCCUUCUGUUUUGGCUUGCUGCUUAAAGUCCACUGCUUCUCAGAGAGAGAGGGAGGACAACCUUCUAACCAUUGGCCUUCAGCCGAGUUCUAGUGACCAUGAAGGAUUCUAACUCCUGAGCUCAGCUCAAAGCUGCUUAUUACAGCAGGGCCCUGUCUGAGCUCUUCCCCUUUAAAAAGCUCUCCUUGGGCUCGUGGAUAAAUAAAAACUCCUUGAGUCAAGUU